AUGAGCAGACGAACCAUGCCACCUGCUGGACUGAACUCCUGCGAGAGGAUACGACCGGAGAGGCCCAGGAACCCUAUUCAGAGGCUCGUGUGGGGUCCCGGUUCGCAGUUUCAAGUCGGACAAAUCGGCCUAUCCGAGGACGAGGGCUCGAAUCCACGGAUGGCUCUCAGAAGGCUCCUGAGACUGUACGAGGGAAGGCAGUACCGUGAGGCGGCAGCUUUCCUCAUGAAACUGCCACACUAUACCUUGAAAGCUACACUGCCGGACAUUCCGGUGGACCUGUUGAUCGAAACGCUUCCGCACAGUUUGUCUCUGCUGGAAGCCCUCUAUUCGAGGCUGCUUCAACUGAACGUGAACGACGCGAAGAUCUUGCGAGUGGAGCAAGUCCUCUGGAGAAUCGUCCAUCUGAUCUCGAUCAGCCAGGACCAUUUCCGUUUGAGGACUUGGUGCAAGCUGUUGAUCUCUCUGAACGGGUUGGCUCCGAACGCGAGAGGCAUCCUGAUCGCGAGGAAGAGGGCUUUGGAAAGGGCCGUGGAAGGGCUGGGCAAGCACGGCUUAGUCGCAUCUUGUCAACCAAGCAAUUCCGAGAACGGCGUAGCCUCUAAUCUCGUACCUUUGCCCGUUGCGCUCAAGGAACAGCUCGAGAGCAGGAUCGACGCGUACAAGCUGGCCGUGCACAAGAUCGAGAGCUUUGGGAAACACGCUAGAACUCACAGAGCGGACCAAGGAGUACAGGCAGCGUCUCACCAACGGCAACUUUCGCUCAAAUACAGCGAGAUUCAGCAGAGACUGAUCGAUAAUCAAAGUCUGCUGAACACGUUGGAGAAAGCCGGGGACCCGAGCAGCUUAGAAAGUCUGUUGUCCGAACUGAAGCGAAGGGUCGAGCAGGACAAGGAAGCUCUCAGACAAUGGACAGCCUUGCGGAAAUCUACGUUCGGUGGUGGGAACAGCAAGAAUCCGCCGCUGGCUGCCAGACUGCUGCAAUUCUCCAGAGGUUGCGAUCUGGCGCUCCAAUUGAUGAACCAGGACAAUCCACAGGUAUUCGAACUGGGUGAAAAUCUGGCGGACGACUACGAGGAGGAAUCCAGCAGCAGCGCGGGCUACCACACGGACGAGAGUUGCAGCCCGACCCCGGAGCCAGUGGUCAGAAACGGCUGCAUGAUUCUCAGGGUGGAGGAGAAUUUUUCGAAUGCAACUUCCGACGAUGUGACCGCGGAACGACUGGCCGAAAGAUACGCCGCUCUCUACGACCAAGCGCAUUUGCAUACCUUGGAUGCUCUGGACGCGCUGGAGCCACUGAAGGACGCUCCCGACUUGAAAGCCAAGAUACUCUAUUCGGUGGUCGUGCUCUCUUGGCGACUGGCAGGCACGAUACAGAUCUCGCGGUAUCUGGAAGCGGUGAAAAUUCUGAACGGUACCGCGACCACGACACAAGCGACACCGGAGUUGGAGGAAUGCGUAAAGCGGCAGUUGGCGACUUCCGGCGCGCGAACCGGUUCCCGAGAGGUCGCGGAACAGGUGGUCAGCCAGCUGGAAAGAACGCUGUACGACUUUCCGUGUCUACGAGGAUGCGUGGAGGUGAAGAACUACGCCACUGCUUGUUCCAAUUUGGCCUGGGCCUGUCUGGCACGUGUCACACCGUUGGUCCUCGACGUGGCGCAGGCCUUGCAAUUCAGACGGGAUAUUCAUCUCAGGCACCAUGCCUCUCCGAACCCUAACGGCACCAGGAUCAAGACGGUCCUGUGGCCGGGUUUAAGAGAGGGCUGUCAGGGACCUUGCCUGCGCAAGGCGGUCGUUCUUACCUCUUAA